UAGUGAAACAUCGGGAAUGGAAACGUUGGAAGUACAAGUUCCAGAUACAACUAUCACAAGUUGGGUUACGAGUGGUUUUGCUAUGUCUUCUGUUUACGGCAUGGGGAUCUCAAAUCAAGCAAUGUUGAAGGCUUUCCAACCAUUUUUUGUUCAAAUGACUCUGCCCUAUUCUGUAGUCCGUGGAGAAGAAACACCAAUCACUGUGACUGUGUUCAACUACCUGUCGUCCUGUAUUCCAGUGAGUGCGCAGUCGUUCAUUUUUAACAAAUUCAUGAGCUAGGAAAACACGGAAAAGAAAUCAUGAACGUGAACGAUCUGGCAUAUCUGAUACAAAUACCUCUAACAAAAUCGUACUCGUAUACAUUUCGUCUGGUUUGUCAGAUUUAUUAUAUACAUGACAAAAUUACUUUGGGAAUUAUUCCAUAUUUCAGUAUAUCAACUAUUUGAUGAUUUUCGUCAAAAAUCCAAUAUGGCGGUGAAAUUUAUCUUGUAUAAAUAUAAACAAACGUGGACGAAUUUAACUAAAUUUUGGCGCAAAGAUUAGUUAAAAAACACAGUAUGGCAAAAGGAGCCAAUUCUAGCACAUUUUUUUCAAAUAUCACUCGUAGUGUUAUCAUUAAUUGCACCCCUUCCCGUGUGAUUACCUGUACUAAAUAAUUCAAAGAUCGAAGAAUAACAAUUUUCAGCAUAUACUCGAGAGGUGCCUAGCGGUCGUUGAAUUCCAAGUACCCUUGCGCUAUUCACAUUCGCAUUGAUGGCUACUAUUGAAAUAUUUCACGGCGUGGCGAGAAGUGUAGUGCCCAAAUAGCGGGGCUUGUAUAAUAUACAUAUAGGUAUGUGACUCGGAAAAGAAGAUCACGUAUUUUCUGAAACAUGAAAAAUCAUUUUCAGUCAGCAAUCAUUAUAUGCUCAAAUGUUGAUAUUUACUAAAUACCGGAACAAAUGAAUCAAAUCAAAUCAAGGGAAAUCUCUAUCACGUGCAGAUACAAAGAUACCACACGUUUAUGACUUCCUUUGUGUUUUCCUCAUGAAUCAUUAAUGAGUUUUUGAAAUAUCUUUCUCAAAUUCAUUAAUAAUUCAUGAGUAAUUAAACCAAUAGCAUGUGAGAAUUCCGUCACAAGAUGCUGUUUGGAUACCGCGGUCAAACCAAUCUCGUACCCAGAGCAAUGCCUGUACGCGGGCUAGGAUGACAUUGGCUCUGGGGAAAUUGAAUUUUUCCUGCGCUGUGAUUGGUUUAACGUUUGUCAAUCGUGCAUGCCGACAAAGAAGCGGAACCUCAAAAUUUAGGGGUUCCGGUUGUCAAUUUACCCAGAGCCAACGACUUCAUAGCUCGCGCACAGGCAUUGCUCUGGGUACGAGAUUGCGGUCAAACACCGUCAGACACAGCAAUACAAGAGUUUAGCUGCAUACGUAAUUAAGAUAUUUGAUGAAAGUCACUAAUGUUUUCAUCAAAUAUCUUAAUUACGCGUGCAAAAUUACUUGAAUAGAAUUCCUAAUUACGUUAUGCUUGGUUAAGAAUUCUAUUCCAAUCAGCAAACGAAAACAUUCUGUUACGUCUCGAUUCAUUUGAGAAGCCAUAUAAACAACUCGAGCUCGUGUCUCAAGGGGAUAUCCAAACACUCGAAAACAAUGUAUACGUUGUUUUUUCGUGUUUCGAUAUCCCGAUGAAACACUCGCUCUCGUUGUUCAACGUUAUUAAAUAUUUUUCAAUGAAGGGUUGCUUUGGACAAAAAAAUAGUUACCAUAAAAUCUAAUCGUUGUAUGAAUACAUAUAUUUAUAAUUCAGUGCUAUAUCUAUGGCAUUCUGAUACAGCAGAGCAACAGAUGCUCUUUCCGCAAAAAUUAAACAAAAAUGAUUUAACAAGCCCUGGAAGUUCAGAAAACUAAUAUUACAAUUAACCCAAAAAUAAUAAUGUAAUCGUAAUUUACGUUUUGAAUACAAGACGUCAUUAGAACAAUCAAGAUAAAUAUUAUAAAAUCCAUGAGCAUUCAACAUUCCGGGUAUCUUUCUCAUUCGCUGAGUGUAAUACAAUGCACUUUUUUCGGCGGUUGUAUUAUACUUUUAUAUUGCUGUAUCAAAUAGUUCUUCUCAUUUUCAGAUAAAACUUAAACUAAGUCGUAAAUCGGAGGACUAUAAAGUGACGUCAUUCCACAUAAGCAAGAUGUGCGUUUGUAAAGAUGAUGGGAAACCGGUCAAGUUCAAAAUUAUUCCAAAUAAACUUGGUCAUAUACCACUUACAGUUAAAGCUAUGACAUCUCAUGCAAAACUUUGUCCCAAACCAACUGUUUACGCCGUUGAUGCUGUUACGAGAAAGUUACUGGUGGAGGUAAGUUUAAAUUUUUGCUAUGAUAUUCCGAGUUUUGGGUAACUUUUGCAGGGCACAAUAUUUAAUUAAGUGAUAUGAAGUGAGAGGCAGCAAGCUCAUUGAUGUGUGAUGCGGAAUCAAGGACGAAGUAUACACAAUAUAUAAAGAGUCAACAAAAUCGAGGGCAUGCAGUUGAAACGCAGCUAAGCUGGACAGAAAUCACCCUGUAUACAGAGUCAAAUAGGUGCUCUAGAGAAACGGUAAAAAGACGUUCAGAAAACUCACUUACCGUUAUUGACAUUGAUCACCGUCCAUGAUCAACUCUAAUUGCUGCUGAUAACAUUGCUUGAAGAGAUACCAUACGUCAAGCUGUUUCGUCUUUUGAGAAAAGUGGUAGAUAGAGACCGAGAGCUAAUGUGUUCACGAAAAAAGAAGAGGAAGAAGAAGAAGAAGAGCGAACACAAGCAGCCAGUACAGACGAGGUUUUAUUUACAGACCCUGCGUUCUCGUCUGCUUAUCCCUAUUUAUACUCCUCAACCACUAACGAGCAUGCACUCGACGUGGGCAUUGUAUAUCUGGAUAUUUUGUGAAGCUAACCCAUAAUGAUCGGACAAUUAUAUUGUCUGUGAUAUUCAUGCUAUAAACAUGGAGCUUGUUUUUAAACACAUCCAUGGAGAGAUACAAUGUGUCUUGUUCCAGAAACUGCGAAAUCGGGGUUUUCGAAAUCUCGGACAGCUCAAGUUUGCUUAUUUCGAAUAUAAGCUAUUUCCUAUCAAACGUCGCAAUAGUCAUUAACUUUUGUGCAAACGAGAGGAUCUUGUAACAUCUAUAUUGCGUCCCACAACUAUUCCCACCCUACAUGCAUGUAAUUUGAACAGAAAUUGGAAAAAAGCACGUCAGAUAUUGGAUGCAUGGGAGUCGCCUAAGAGCAUGAAUAACAUUCCACAUUAAAUAUGCUUCGAAACUUCUUCAACACCAAACGAUACAAGAACACGCGUUAAACAAAAUAUUGAUGCUUAUGGUUUUAUACAGGUAUAUCUAGUUUUCCGUUGUUCUUGUUAAACUUGUGCAGUUUGUCGUCGCGCAUCGUUUUUUGUUGACUUUGUUCGGUUAUUAUAAUAGCAUAUUGUUGCUAUUUUUAAGCAUUCUCGGUUAAACUUGUGCUCUGAGAACAACAAUUAAGAUUUAACAACAGCAAAAACAACCAAACUGACAACAGAGGGCAAUUGUUUAAUAUAUUUCAAAACUGGUGUAAAAGCUGUUAUAGUAGAGUUAUAUAACUUUAGCAAUGAUUUAAGAAAGCAAAUUAACCGCUAGUCACGUAUUCACCAAAGCAGUAUAUUAAGAUUUGGCGUUUGAAGUUUACGUUUGGCGUAUAAAUUUCAUGCUUUAACGACUACAAGCCCUCGUAGCAGUUCAAGCAUGGAAUUUAUCCGCCAAACGUAAACUUCAAACGCUAAAUCUUAAUUUACUGCUUUGGUGAAUACGUGACGCGGUUAAUUUGUUUUCUUGCAUUAUUGUUAAAUACCACAAGUUUAAUAAUUGCUUAAUAUAUUUCAAAACUGCAUGGUGUAAAAGCUGUUAUAAUAGAGUUGUAAAAUCACAAACUUCGUUAGUGGUUUGACGUUUGCCGUAAACGUCAAUCUAUAACUCUCUAAUAUGAACAUUUCUUCGCUAUAAAGGCCCUGUCACACUAUUGCGUAUGAGAGAAACGUAUGAGAAUUAAAGAUAUGAAAAUUUAUGAAACAUUUUCAUACACACAAAAUCUUAUGAAAUGCCAGCGAAUAAGUACCGUACAUCUAUCGUACCUCUAGCGUAUUCAGCGUGUACCUGGAGUAUGCUUUCGUAUAAACCAUACGUCUGAAUACGCACAAAAUUUUUAAGCAUGCUUAAAAAAAAUUUGCUGCCUCGCCUUAUGCCAGCGUAUGCCACCGUAUGCGACCGUGCUUGAAACGUAUAAAACCUAUGCCUAACGUAGCCCUAGCUUAUGUCAGCGUAUACCGGCGUAUGAGCUGGCAUACGCUAGUACGAUACGCAAUUAUAGUGUGUCAGGGCCUUAAACACCGGACUUCUCUGGUUCAUUUUGAUAUCGACGAGCCAAGGAUUUCUCUCCAUGCACAAUGGUAUUUUAACAUAUUAAAAAAUGCAGUCAAAUAAUCACCUGUCAUUCCGUUUUUUCCAGCCUGAAGGAAUAAGACAGCAACAUAGUAAAGGAACUUUCUUUUGCGCUCCUGAAAAAGGUAAAAGUUAAAGAAAGCUAUCCGAAAUUCAGAUAUUGAAGCAAGAUUACUUUGUUUAAUAGUUGUAAAUAAAAUCUAACAUAGGUUGGAAAUUGUGGAUUGUUUUCGUUCAACCAUUUGUAUACAACCAAUUAAAAAAAGUCCUUUGCAAACCUUAUUUACAGCUCAUUCAAUAAAGAUUGUCCUUUCAAACCUUAAACUCAAACCUUAAAACAUUAAACAUUCAACUCUAUAAAGCGUACAAAGCGCAAUUGGAGCUUCAUUUAAUCAAUUUAGAAAUCAUAUAUGGGGCCGAUUUCUUCUUAAAGACAAGUAAAUAAAUUAAAGGUCUCAUAUAUAUUACUAAACUGAUUAAAUGAUGUUCCCAUUAUAGGCUUCGCACGCUUAUAGAGUUUAAUGUUAAUUAAGGUUUAGAGUUUAAGAUUAAGAUCUGCAAAAGACAACCGUUUUUGAAUUAGCUGUAUAUUGUUAUAGUAACAUCAUACAAUCGUCCUUGACAUAAUCAUUAUAGUGCUAAGCUUUUUCAUACUUUCCCUCACCAGGAAGCUACAGCGAGAUAAUUGAUUUAGCUAUUCCGGCAAAUAUCAUUCCUGGAUCCGUGCUACAAAAGAUAUCGAUUGUUGGUAAGCGUUACACAUAACUAGUUUUGACGAGUUUAAGGCUUAUUGCUGUGAUCAAUUUCAAUUUGUUCAUAAUUUCUUAUGCAAGAUUUUAAAAUUUUAGUGGGUAUUACUUCCAAUAUUCUCUUUCUAGGCGAUAUAAUGGGUCCAGCUCUGACAAAUCUUGAUGGACUGCUAGCAAUGCCCUAUGGUUGUGGUGAACAAAAUAUGGCUAAAUUUGCUCCAAAUAUUUACGUCAUGGAUUAUCUUACCAGCACAAAUCAGGUUACAAAGGAAAUAAAGGACGAUGCGAUACGUUAUAUGAAAUCUGGUAUGUUUUAAUACACAUACUUAUAAUAUCAAGGUUCGAAAACCAUAGUUAGGGAAGAAAAGACCCGGUUAUUUCCAUAUAUUACCUCAAUUAUGUCGCUACAUAAAACUACCUUCUGCUGUUCUAUUAUACAUAACGUAAUUUGUGACUAUGACAAUAUUGACAAAAGACAUAAAUGGCUUACUUAGGAAUAUUGUUCUUGCUUGGUUCUUUAGAAACUCCAUUCUAUAGCUUAUUCUUUUGUCAUUGUCGUAAUCAACCAAUCACAGAACAUCUUUCUAGUGCUUCGUGUCGACCACGAGUUUGGGAUUUUUGAGAUGCAACAAUUAUUAAAAUAUCGGGACGAGAAGAGAUAUCGUUGACAUAUACCGUCUUUAUGUUACCCUAAUAUCGAUAGAUGUCUGUAUAUAUCUAUAAAGCUAAUUUGUCUCGUGGACGUCCCCGUUACACUCCACGCAUGUCUGGAGGUGUUGAUGUCACAAUGCUGUACCACAUGUGCCUUGACGAGAGCUUACGUGAGAGAAAUAUGAAUGUAUCGCGUAUUUAGACGUGUAGCAAACUGCAGUUACGAGGAAUAGGACGCCAAAACAUGUAUGUCUGCUGAUAGUACUAUAUAUACCGUGUUCGAUUAGUUCAAGUCCUUUUAUGCCUUAUCCCGAUCCACGUGAUUAGCUUAUUUGUUGUCACGUGACUUCGAAUAAAUGCAAUGUUUCCCGCCGGGCAACAAGCGAAAAUUUUUUCCCGCCCCGAUCGGCUACGUUGUACAUAAAGAAACAAAUGGCCGCCAAACUAGCACAAAUAGAAACUAUGACUUUCCAAGUUUGUGUUUCAAUGAAGAAUGUAAAAGGGAAGAAGAAUACACAACAGGCAUCAGGAUACGCUGCUGAAACAGAUUAUUUUAACUUUAAACUCGUUUACACUAUAGAGUUUUGUCACGAAAUAUAAUUGUUGUAUGAAUGUUGUUGAGUGUUGUUGAAUGCUGCGAUUUUAGGUGCGAUUUUCUUCUCCUGGGGCCGGUUGUACGAAGGCCGGAUAGAGCUAUCCACCGGAUAGUGAUUUUUUCAAACUUUGUUAAAUUAGUCGUUGGUUGUUAUAACUCAUAUUAAAGUUUAGUAUUUAUAAGUUAAAUGUUUUUUAUACUUCUUUCUUCAUCUAUAUCCGUAGUUUCACAGUUUUUCAAGCAUUUUUACAAAGGUUGAAAAAAUCACUAUCCGGUGGAUAGCGCUAUCCGGCCUUCGUACAGCAGGCCCCAGGAGAAGAAAAUCCCCUGAUGUAUGUAAACGAGUGGAAGAGUUAUGAAUGUUGAGAUGCGGGUUCAUAUACUCAGAACAUUCAUACUCAUCCACUCCGUCACAUGCAUCAGAACACGGUAUAUAUGAUAAUAUAUGCGAUCGAACACGGUAUAUAUGAUAACAACUAUACUUGUCACGUUUUAGGUGGAGUUAAUAGCUUGAAGCUUUUGUAAUCUUUUGAAUUUUAAACUUAAUCCUAAUCCUAACCGUAAACCUAACCAUUACUCUAAUCUAACCUUGAUAUUAAUCAUAACCCUAACCCUUUCCCUGAACGAAACCCUAAUCCUAACCCUAUAAAAAUCUAAAAAUAUAGCAACUCUCCCUAAAACGUGACUCAUAUCAGAACAAUUGUUAUUGGUGUCACCUAUUUUCAGGUAUCGAAACUUUUCAAAUACUUUCAUUAAGAGGAUUUAUUUCACACAGGAUAUCAAAGAGAAUUAACGUAUAAACGACGAAGUGGUUCAUACAGCAUAUUUGGAAAAUCAGACAGCAAAGGAAGUAUGAUGUAAGUUUAAUACCCUCUAUAUUCCCGUUCUACAUUCUUACAUGGCUUUGGAUGUUUAACUCCAGCCGCGGUAUAUUGGUUGCUAACUCCUCUUGUCUGAGCUUUCUACAUGCAACAUUCAUUAAUCCAUAAUACGCCUUUCUUUAUUACUUUGACAAAAAAUGGCAGAUGAUUUUGCGUUGCGGAAAUUAAUUGAUUAAUGUGAUUUUGUAAAUAAAGAUAGGUAGAUAUAACUUUAUUUAAACACGCUAACUUCGUCAACUAAAGCUGAUUUCCACGACGCGUCCAAUCAUUGCUCAAUUAAAAAUAAAGGAAUGGAAUUAUAUAAUUACACAAAUUCGCCACUAUUCGCUUUUUUAGGUUAACAGCAUUCGUGGUUCGUUCAUUUGCACGAGCGAGGAAGCACGUGUUUGUUGACGAAGACGAGAUCAAACACAGCAUUCAAUGGUUUCGAAGAAAACAGAAACCCUCAGGUUGUUUCCCAAAAUACGGAAAAGUGUUCGAUAAAUCACUUCAGGCAAGUGUCUAGACUUUUAAUUGUGAUAUAAAAUUUGGGGAGAGGGCGAGAGGCUAAUUUGUUUUCUUACAUCGAAGUCGAGGUUGGAGAAAAUGUUCCAAAAAAUACUGCUAUGGAUGCAAGAAAUACGUUGCCGAAUAAAUUUAAGCUGUUUCCAAUCCCUCACUUACCCAAUUGGUUUCUAUUUUUGAAACCUUGGGAUGAAUAUUUUUAAACUGGGAUUAAUUAAUAUGUUUAUUGACCUUGAUUUGGACACAACAGUAUGAAGCAAAUUAAUCAAGUUUUAGGGAUAAUGGUGUGGUAGAUCCCGCUCCUCAGGGGCGGACAAAAUUUGGCUCUCAUUCAUUACAAUUACAUCUCUGGCCCCGAAGUAAUAUUGGAUCAUUAUUUUACAUUUUAAAACGACAUUUUCUUCUGCUGGCAAGGGAGCAUAACGUCUCCGACCAUAACAGGUCUUUGCAAUUGCUUCAAAAACAUGUUUUAACUACCAUAACAGGUAUUACUGUAGCUACUAAACUGUCUGAGCUUCCGUAGCUUAUGCUCAACUCAAUUAUCAUAUCUAUAAUCAUAUAUACUAUUUCCAGGGUGGUUUGAACAGCGAACUUACCAUUACGGCAUACGUCACUAUAGCAUUAUUGGAAGCAGGUUUGAAUAACAAGGUAAGAUGUGUUUUAUACGAAUGGUAUCUGAUCUUAAUACUGCUAGAUCUCAUUGAAAAACAGGCUAUGAACGGCCCUGCUCCAAUCUUGUAGGCUGUGCGCUGUUUCAAUGUUUAUAUUAACAGCCGGUCUGCUACAGUCAUCGAUAGUUCUGUUCCAGUUAUUGCUAUGCAGACUGGCAUACGGGUUCCACAUUAGGAUAUACUUUACUACUCCGUGUGUAUAUGACAGAUCUUUUCAUGCUUGCCCUUCACAUAAUCAAUUUUUCCACUGGUUCCUACCCAAGUUUUAUUGAACUUCAGCUAACCUCCAAUCGCUUCCUCCAUUCAACAUUGAGGACAAUUUACACUACAAUGCUUCAAGAAACUAGAGUUCGUGUUUAAGGUGGCUCCCUAGGGUUUUAUUUCCGGGGGUUACUCUUCGUAUAUAUGUAAACUUAAACUUGUGUGACUUCGAACGAACGUUGUGUUUUUAUAUGGAACUCUUUUGAAACAAAAGUGUGAACUUUGCUUUAGUUGAAAGCAUAAAAAGAGUUCUAAAAGACAAAACGAUACUUGGAUGUGAUGUUUCAAAAGAAGAUAAUGUAAACUUGUUUUUUUUUCAAGCGGUAUUCUGGAAGUUUUUUGAACCGCCGUACGCCAGGUUCGAACGCGAACAUUGGGAUAUGAUAUAAAGUUUUCUCAAGAAUUUGCAGUGUUUUCUCCACAAUCUAGCAGCACUUAUGACAAUAAAGAUAUUUAAAUAAUGAGCCCUCUACUGGUGAAAUCAGCAGGGCCGAAACUCCAAACAUACCACCAUAAAAACUGAAAUUUGAACGGGCAUUUUGCGAAAACAUCCGACGUAUGUACUAACUCGCACGGGACGAAUUUUGACAAACAUUUUUCAAAUUAAUACCAAGAAAUCAUAACUAAUAAUUACCUAAAUACCUUUGCCAAUUUUACAUGUAUAAUCCACGCUUAGCUGACCAAUAACCGACACAGUUAUAAACAGUAUAUCAAACAUAAUUCGUAUUUUGUGAUUUCAAAAAAGUCAUGUCUUGUUGUUUUAUGCAGAAUACCUGUACACGUCAGUUGGGGUAUUAAAUUGUUCGCGUAAAAAUCUAGUAAAAUUGCGAAAAUUAAUCCCAAAUUUCUCCGUUUUCCUUCGGUAAAAUUUUUUAAAACUUUGCACAUUUUUUAGUACCGGCACAGCAAGUGCAAUAUCCUUUUUUAAAAAAAUUAAAUUGAAGGGAAAAUUUUUAAUAUUGAUUUUUGACGUUUUUUCAAUUUUCUAAGAAACGUAUCGAUUUAAUUAUUUUAAAUUGAGAGAAAAAAAUCAUUAUACAAGUAUGACCUUUUAUGCAAAGUUUUAAAAAAUUUCACCGAAGGGAACUUUUAAAAUGACCUGAAAAAGACAAAUUUUGGGCUUUAUUCUAAGCAUGUUGUUGCCAUGACAACAGAUUUUUAACACAAAAGUUGCAAUUUGUAAUGUUCAGGAGAACAUUGUCAAUGUGUCCAAUAAAUUUCGUUUUUAUGUCAUGUAACGUGAAGAAACAGGAGUCUCCUGAAUACGAUAGUGUAGUAAAUUAAAAAACCCUAGGGAGCCACCUUAAUUAAACAUGCGCGGUUUUAGGCGACGUUUUCCUAAUAUACUUGCAUGAGAGUGAAAAUUUGCGUGUGUUCAGGUCACCACAUGGAGCUAUUUGUAAUUCAUACAAAUCAAGUUCAUAAAUAUUGUUCUUCGCUGCAUAUAGCUACUUGUGUCCAACACUCAGAAUACUGGCUAAUUAUUUUUAAUUUUCUACAUCGAAAGCCAUAAUUCACUUUUAUCUAACAUAUUAUCCCGUAUAUUUCAGACACAGAUGGUCGCUAAAGCCCUUAGUUGUGUAACCGACAACCUAACACAUAUUCAGGAUUCUUACACUACGUCGUUAGUAACAUACACCUUAGUGUUAGCAGAUCAUCCAAAAGCUGGACUUAUGAUCAGUCGUUUAAAGAACAAGGCAGUCAGUUCGGAAGGUGGGAUAAUUUAUAUUUAGUUUCUUGUAAUCCAAUCUACUUAACAAAUAGAUAAGAUUUCACCGUUGUCUGUUCAGUUAGAGAUACACAUGGUAUGACCUCAUAAUGUGAGAAGAACAAAAAAGUGGCUCACGAGCUGCCGAGGCGAGUGGGUCACUUUUCUGUUCUUCGCACAUUAUGGCGUCAUAUUGUGUAUCUAUAACUGAACAGACAACGGUAAAAUCUUAUUUAUUUGUUUUAUACAAUAAAAAUAAAACCCCGAAUUAGUAUAGUAAUACCAUGAUGACCUCGGGUUCUUUUGUUCUCGCCGGGUGGUUUAAUCUCGAUAUUCCCGGCUUAGCGGGGAGAUAUCUAAUUCUCCCGGCAAAGCCGGGAAGAUUUCUAAUUUCUCCCUGUUUAAAAGUCAUGAGCCAAAAUUCAAAGACACGACAAAGAGUUUUCUUAAUAGCUUUUACACCACAAACAAAAUAAUUACACUACAAUGUUAAUUACAGUAAGAUAAAGUGUUAAUUACUCGACUUAUUAAUAUUCACUUUUCACUAAACAUUUCACACAACUAUAUUAUAAAGACAGUAAUUUAUUUACUCAUGUUAAUGUUGAUGUUCACAGUUCCACAAUUAGCUCCUUGUAGUAGUGCGCUCAAAUCUAUACCCUUUCAUCGCUAAACGUCACUGCAUCUGCUCUCUUCUUCAUUGGGCUUUGGGUGCUCUGUAGUUCUUUCAGCUUCCCAUCGAGCGUUUGCUGAAGCGGCUUAAACUCAGCCGAAUUAAACAGGUUUAACUUUGGAUAUUGCAACUGAACUGUUCGGUUUAAACCACAAAACAGACUAUACACGACUUCAUGGCGGUAUUCUUUACCGUUUCUCUUCCAUACUUCUAGCGUUAAUCGGCUAAACCAGUGAUUAAUUUCGUCAACUCUCAUCUCCUGCAAAUCUGGCACACGCUUGAAUACUUGACUCUCGGCUUCAAAAUCACGAAACUCGGUAUUUCUUGCCUUUUCCCAUGCUUUAUAAACAUUCGUGGUCCACCUAGUGUGUUUGAUAGUAUUCUCAGGCGUUCUGUUAUCUCUAACUUUCUAAACAUCGGCUUCCAUAACAAACCAGAAACGUUUAUCCGCCAUAUCAUUCUUAGUGAGCGUCCAAAAACAAGAGUUGAGUUAAAAAGUAACUCAUUUUAUAUCCAUACAUGCACAUGCACUGACACACGUAUAUUAAGAAUUGUUUAUUCGCAAACGAAUUUCCGACAAUGGAAAAUUGUUGUAUACAUCACUGAUCAUGCAUUGUAUUACAGAAUAUUCGUACUAUCAAUUAAUUUUGUACAAUGAAAACACUAGCCUCACCUCGGUCAUGUGAAGGUCCCUAGGGACUUUCACAAACCUCCGUCUGUUGGCGGGAGAUUUAAUCACUAUAUUCUUAAAAACCAUGGUAUUACUUAUAAGUAAUGAUGCGAUGGCGAGUUCAAUUAGGGAUUAAUAGUACGAGUGAUGUUUGGAAAUUUUGCCAAAAUUGGACGAGCUGCCGGGGCUAGUCAAUGCGAACAUCAAUAUUAAACAUACUGAACUUUAUUAUCAUGAUUACACAUACUUCUCAAUGUCGAGAUCAUAUUCUCUCGCCAAAGCCAAGACCUGCCAGACUAUCAACCAAAAUUUGGUGCUUUUGUUCGUAUUUAAUUUUCAUUUAGUUCCUCUAGGGCGAUUUCAUUUCAGAUUUGUAUGUUGUUAAAUUACCUUUCCGCCAUUUUGUUUUGUUUUUGUUUUUGCUCCUCUCAACCAAUCAGCAUCCAGUAAUGUUGUCAUGCUAAUAAUAAAACAGGUAAAUAGGCAAUUUAUUUUUCAUCCAUGCCAUCAUUUGAAAAUUUUGCAAAGUCGAAAUUUUACAAAUAUCACGCAUACAUGAACUAUACAAAUAAGGGAAUGCUAUUGGAUACGCUUUUGGGGGUCGCAAUUCCGUGCAUCAGGCUCACUUGAAUUCUUAAGCGCUUGAAUUCUUAACGUUUUAUAUAUUCAAUAAUCGCACAAUCGAAAAGGCGUUUAGUUUACGAUUUGGAGUACAUAUGAAAAAAAUAGAGUUGUGGCAUUGUUAUCUUUGUGAUUAAAUUUUGCAGUUACGUAGAAGCACAUGUUGUUUAUAUUUUAUUUUAACAUUUCAUUCAAAUACAAAGGAACAAUAUAGCACGGAAUGCACUAAAAGAAUAUUUGUAGUAACAUCGUUUAGACAGAGCGUCAAUUAUUAGCAAGAUCCUAAAUUCAUGGUAAAAGAAAAGAGCAAAGUAAAUUAAAUAGUUAAUUAAUAAUACAUUCAAUUUUUCGCGAAAGCAAUGGGCUCAUCAACCUGUAUUUGCUUUCAGACGGCCUAAUUUUCUGGUCAGCUAGGAAUGACAAAUUAGUAGCGACCGAGGAGCCGACAGACUACUUUGCUGAAAAGCUUCGCCCUGCUGAUGUGGAAAUGACAGGCUAUGCUUUAAUGUCUUAUCUGAAACGAAAAGAACAACCUAAAGAUAUAAUGAAGAUUGUCAAGUGGUUAUCUAAGCAACGUAAUUAUUAUGGUGGAUUUUCGUCAACACAGG